UUCCUCCUCUCCUCAGAUUUGAUUCCUUUGGCGUGAGAGUGCAGCCAAAGGUCCAUCUUUGGCUCACUGUGUGAUAGCCACAAUGGCCUCUUACACUGCUUACAGUGGCUACAGCAAGCCACCACUAACCUACGCGCCCUCUUACUACGACGAGAAGCAGGCGAAGGCCUAUACAGACUAUCAAGACUCCGUAUAUGAGGAAAAACAGAGAAUUGCGAAGAAGGACCGUCGGGAUGCCAUCUGUUGUGAGGUGGUGGCCCUCAUCAUUGGUUUCAUUGGACUAAUUGGAGUGGCAGCCGUGACAGGCCUGCCGAUGUGGAAGGUAACGGCCUUCAUCGAGGAGAACAUAAUUGUCAUGGAGACCCGCUGGGAGGGUUUGUGGAUGAACUGCUACAGACAAGCCAACAUCAGGAUGCAGUGCAAGGUGUACGAUUCCCUACUGUUUCUGCCCCCGGACCUCCAGGCUGCCAGGGGUCUGAUGUGCAGCUCAGUGGCUCUGACUUGCUUCGCCCUCAUCGUCGCAGCAGUUGGGAUGAAGUGUACCAAGGUGGUGGACCAUCGGGCUCGCACCAAGCAUAUUGUUCUCGUGGCUGGGGGCUGUCUGUUCCUGUUGGCCUGUAUUACUACCCUGAUCCCUGUGUCUUGGACUGGCCAUGUCAUCAUCAGGGAUUUCUACAACCCACUGCUGAUCGAUGCCCAACGUCGGGAGCUUGGGGAGGCUCUUUACAUCGGCUGGGUGACCUCAGCUUUGCUUUUCACCGCCGGAGUGAUCCUGCUGUGCCGUCAUGCUCCUCGCACCCAGGACCAAGAUGAGAGGAUUAUAUACAAUCCUGGGGGAAAUAUCUACCAACCUGCAUACCAACCUGGAUACCAACCAUACACCUACCAGCCAGCUUAUACCUACCAGCCUGCCUACUCUGCACCCCCACCAGGAUCUGUGGCAUACACACCAAGUCAGUACUAAAGACGGAAUUCAGAGACAAAUUUGGACUCUUUAAAAACAAAAGAAAGAAAAAAAGUCAAAAUCUGGUGCAUUCGAAUGAGCUUUAUCAAUUGACUAACGACCACACGCUGUUAUUGAAAAUGGCUAAAUCUUUCAUUAUUUUUUCAGAGGGCAAAGUGUGUAGCAGAGAGUGAAAUUCAUAAUGGAACUGAUUUUUUGUUUGUUUUUUUUACCAUGAUGAACUGUGCUGAUUUAAUGUAUGCUUUGUGUGUUUCCAAACACUUAAUUCAGACUAAAUCAUAUCUGUCACUGAGGCAGUAUUUGUUAAAUUUGUAACAAUACAGAGGUAACAGUUGAUAUCUUUUUCUUUACAGCCUCUGCCGACAUGCUCUUUGAGAACAAAUUAUGCACUACGCCUUUUUCAAAUAGCAUACCUCCAAAUGAUUUGUGUAGACUGCUGAGUUUUUGUUAUAAAUGUACAUAUGUUUUUCAAAAUGCUGGCCAAAAUACAAGGUCACCUGUGGUUUCCAAUAAAGGGAUAAAGUUGAGAAAAACUGUGAAUUUCGUUGUCAUUCCUGGUGUAUUUUCA